AUGAAAUUUCAAUCACCGAUUUGAUUACUGUCAAUAUUACAAUUUAAAUAUCUGAAACAAAUAUUUAAAUUUACAACAUAGUAAUGGAUAAUACUAAAAUGGAAACUAAAAAAGAAACUGUUAUGUAUUCGCAACUUCAACCAUGGAGUACAGUGGGUGUAUUACCUUGUAUGGAACAAAUUGCUGGUCCACCAAUUCCAAUCAGAGUUGGAGAAUUUUAUAAAACUCCAAAACCACAUCCAUGGCGACCUACUUUGGGAUAUGAAACAGUGGAAGCAGCUCCUUUACCUGCUCAGCCUAUGACAAACUUGCUCUCUGAUACCUGUUACAUGCCAAAUGGUAUGGCUACAGAACCAUUGAAAUUUCCAAAUAUGGUGACUGGGUUUGAUCGAAAUCCUUCACAUGCAGCACGAGCUGCACUUUAUACAAGAUACAGUUCUUAUGAAUGGGUACAAAAUCAGCUUAAACUUUAUAAUGAAUCAGAUAGCAAUAGAAAUUUUUCUGAAAACUUACGUCAAGAUACCAUUCGGAUGAUGCGAGAAGCAGAUGAGGCAGUACAAAAUGGUCAAACAGAAACUGGUCGUAAAUUAGGAGAAAGAAUUACAGACACCACUUUUUGGAGAAAUGAAGUGACUGCAGAAUUAGAACGGUUGAUAAUAGAAAAUACAAAGAUGCAAGAAUGUCGUCGAGGUUUACAAACAACGAUACAAAGUUUAGAGGGUCAAUUGCAUAUAGCACAAGAAUGUUUGUACUAUCGUGAAGCCAGAACAGGUUCUGACUUGGUUCAUGACCAAGCUGAAAAUGCUCUUCUAAAGGAAGUGGAAGUAGUUAGGAAUUGUCAGAAUAAAUUAGAGCACUUUACUGAUAAAUGCAUUAAUCAACUCACAAAUAGUAGAGCAAUACAAAAUCAAUUAGAAAUUGACAUUAGAAAUAAGGAAUCUGCCCUAGGUAUUGACAUCACAUGUCAUCAAAUGAACAACUAUAGUCGUGGAUUGAAAUAUUAUGGUGGCAUUGAAAAAUAUGAUCCUAGUGUUACAGAAGCAGAAUCUUGGGUGGAAGCUUCCAAUGGUAUAGUGAAAAAGUCACAGACGGAAAGAUCAAAAUCAAGUCAAUUACGAAGUGACAUAGAAACUGCGAUAAACGCGGUUGGCCAUGACAUGUGGGAAGCAUGGGGCAAUACAAAUAAUGCUCUGGCUAGAAGGGCCACAGAAAUGCUGGAAGCAAAAGAAAAAUUACAAAUACAUUUGUAUAAAAUUCAACAAGAAAUCUUUGAAAUUGAAAAAAAUUUACAAUUAAUGCAAAAAGCUAUUGCAGAUAAAAGUUCUGCCGUAAAAGUUGCACAUACGCGUCUGGAGAGUCGUACACAUCGACCCGAAGCAGAGCUGUGCAGAGAUUAUGCUCAGAUUAGAAUGGUCGAAGAAGUUGAAACUAUAAAUUUAAUGAUACAUAACAUGAAUUUAAAACUGCAGAGUUUUGAAGCACAACAUCAACAACUCUUACGUACUAGAUCCAAUUUAGAAACUGAUCUAAAAUCCAAAGUUGAUGCAUUAUUUAUUGAUAGGGAAAAAUGUAUGAGUAUGCGAAGAAGUUAUCCAAUUGCAUCGAUUGUUAAAUUUUAAAAUACAUUAAAAAGGUGAAGUAUUUA